CGCACAAUCGUCAUCACGGCCCUCGUGUAGACUCCGCCCCCUUAUUAGCUCCACCUUGUGCUUCAACAUCGCAGGUGAACGAUUAUUCGACGCUGAAGCUCAUUUACAAGUCAGAUAAUGGCAAACCAUGGUGUCAGCACAGAGGGGAAGCGGCUUCCACGAAUGGCUGCCACCCUAAUGAUGCGCUUUGCCUCUGAAAGAGAGCCCACCUUUGGCAUCCACAGGGCCAGCCUCAGACCGCUAACCCCUAACAGCGAGAUUGAGGAUUCCCGGUCUGCUGGAGAAGAGAGUCAGUCCACUAAUCCAGAGUUACACUGCUUAGAUGAUGUUGAGGGACAAUCUUCCGUAGGCCACCAAACCCAAGAGGUGCAGUCACCGGAUUCCCCUCCCCAAAUGGAAGACCUGGGCUCUUCCUCUGACGUUACUUCCCUAUCUGGAUGGAGCCUGAGCAGUGUUACGGCACCUGAAGCCACAGUAGAUUUACUGGAAGAUGCCACUGAUGGCUCUCUCACGAGGGACCAGAGAACUGGAGUGAAGUUCGCAGACUGGCACAAAAAUCGCGUAACAGCUUUGUGUACUGGACGUUUUGACAAGCUACUCAGGGAAUGCCCAGAAUACCACAGCACUAAGAGCUGCUUUGCUGCUUUUGUACUGGAAAGAGAGGUGCGGGACACAGGUGGCCAGCGCUGUGAGAAUUAUGAAGUGGUAGCUCUGGGAUCGGGUCAGAGCUGCUGCAGUGGAUGGCUUUCUUACACAGGAUCUGUUGUCCAUGACUGCCAUGCUAUUGUCAUUGCCCGCAGAGCCCUCAAAAGGUACUUGUACAAGCAGCUCCUGCUGUUCUACAGUGCGGAUCCAGACAUGAAGCAGCGCUCAAUUUUGGAAAGCGUUCCAGCCGAACGACUGCUUCAGCUCAAGCCACAUAUUUACCUUCAUCUAUACACCAACAAAACCCCAAAAGGAGCAGCUCAGUGCAUAGUUUUGUCUCAAAACAGUGCUUACUCAGCUCUGAAGCUGCAGUGCCAUGCUAAGGGUUCUCUCAUUCCUGCUGCCUUCCUGCUUCCAAGUGUGUGGGGUGCUCGCACAUGUUGCAUGUCUGACAGUGCUAAACUCACACGCUGGACUGUUACUGGCCUGCAGGGAGCGCUACUGAGUCAUUUCAUUAACCCAGUCUACAUCACCAGCUUUGUGCUUGGUGAUUCUAGGCACUGCUCAGAGAAAGUGUCUGAAAUCAUCAACAAGCGUCUGGGUACAGGCUGGACAGAUGCACUGCCUCCUCCAUUCAAACAAACCAGCAUCUUCUUCCUGAGUGGAGAGAACGUGGGGCCUGGGGAGAACAAUGAGUACUGCAAGGACCUCAGUGUCAACUGGUGCUUGGGAGACUCCAGUAUUGAGAUACUGGACAGCACCACUGGCUAUGCCAUCAACAAUUCUCCAUUUGUAAGCGGUCCUGGGUCAUCCAGCAGACUCUGUAAAAGAGCGUUGUACUUCUGCUUCAGAAAAUUAGCGGGACUGGCAGGCCACCAUGAGCUUCUGUCUUUCACCACGUAUCGCAGUGCAAAAAUGGCUGCCCAGUUGUAUCAGGAGACAAAGACUCAAGUCAACAUGCAAUUCUUGACCAAUAAUGCUGGACCGUGGAACUCCAAACACUUGGUAGAUUGCUUCAGCCGCUAAAUGACAAGUUGAACAACCCUUGAAAUACAUCUAGGAUUUCUAGUCAUUUCAGGCUUUUGAUGUUCAGGAAACGGCAACCUUUCUUUUUUAGUGUUUAUUGAUGUUUCAAGAAUUACGUUCAUAUGCAAGUUCCUAGUUCAUGAUAUAUCUGGUAGAUAUAACUGCAUAUAAUUGCACUUGUACUGAAAAUAUUCUGUUUGAAAAUAGUGUUUUUUUUUUAGUGCUUGGCAGAGAUUAAUCAUAUCAAAUAAAAGUUUGUUUUGACACAUAUAUAAUAAAAAUAAUAAUAUUAAAAAAAUAUCUAAAUUAAUAUUUCCUCAAAUAUAUGCACAUCUGUGUGUAUAAUAAGUAUCUACAAUACACACACUUAAAUUAUGUCAAAACAGAAUCUUAUUUUGGAUGUAAUUAAUUUUCUCCCAGCACUAGUAUUUAUUUUUGACAAAGCAGUUAUUUUAUAUUAAAAUGCUUGUUUUAUUUGUGCAGUAUUUCCCAUGUUUCAUGUUAAUGCCUCUGUGUGAUGUGUGAUAAAGUGAACAAUAAAAAUAUCCUAAGGAUUGCUGAUC